AACAAUACCUCUUUCUUUUCGCUCUCUUGUUUGAAGUUGAAAGAAGCCUCAACGAAACGAAAAGCUCGACGUAACACGCUGCUCUGCGCCUCUCUCUUUAUCAUUCUCUCACUCACCUUCUCCUAUGUCUCAACUCUGAAACUCUCUGCCGGCGGUGAAACUCGUUCCUCCAGCGUUGGCCAUCGCUCCUUUGUCUCCUCUCACUGCUCGCAGUAAGCCCCGCCUCAAACUCCUCUUUCAGGAGGUGUUGCAAGUGAUGAUGAUGAUCAUGGUCAUGGCCUCCAAAAUCAACUUUAGAUGUCACUUUAAUUUAGUAGACAUGGAAGGCAGCAGCAGCAAUGGUGGUAGCGGGAAACGCGAGGAAAUUGUGGACGUUGGAUCGGUUGUUGAAGCUGUUACUGCAGAGGAAGGUGAUGCUCCCCUCUACAACGUUGAGAGCCUCUGCAUGCGUUGCGGUGAAAAUGGGAUUACAAGAUUCUUACUCACCUUAAUUCCUCACUUCAGAAAGAUUUUGUUGUCAGCUUUUGAGUGUCCUCAUUGUGGUGAGAGGAACAAUGAAGUACAGUUUGCUGGUGAAAUUCAACCGCGUGGUUGCUGUUACACUCUGCAGAUCCCAUCUGACAAUCCAAAGAUGCUUGACAGACAAGUGGUAAAAUCAGAAUCUGCUACCAUUAAGAUUCCAGAGUUGGAUUUUGAGAUUCCACCAGAGGCUCAGCGUGGUAGUCUUUCAACGGUACUUUUGAUACUAAUGCGAGCUGCUGAUGAGCUUCAGGCCCUUCAAGAGGAGCGCAGGAAAGUGUCUCCAGAGACAGCUGAAGCCAUUGAUCAGUUCUUGGUGAAAUUGCGAGCCUGUGCUACUGGAGAGUCAGCCUUCACAUUUAUUCUUGAUGAUCCUGCUGGAAACAGCUUUGUUGAAAAUCCGUUUGCACCAUCAUCUGAUCCAUCAUUGACCAUCAAGUUUUAUGACCGAACCCCUGAGCAACAAGCAUUGUUGGGAUAUCUUGUUGAUUCUACACAGAUUGAAGGAACUCGCAAUGAAGCACAAGCAGGGGGAAAUGCUGUGGUUACUGAUCAAGUGAGGGGAGAGCCACAUGGAUCUGUAGGGGCAACUGCUGGUCAUCGAGCCAUUGCACAGAGUAGUAGUUCAGAAAUUGCGGAAGCCUUAUUUCGAUACACUGCACCGGAAGAGGUGAUGACUUUCCCUUCAACUUGUGGUGCUUGUGCCACUAAGUGUGAGACUAGAAUGUUUGUCACCAAUAUUCCAUACUUUCAAGAAGUAAUCGUAAUGGCAUCCACAUGUGACUCUUGUGGCUACCGCAACUCCGAGUUAAAACCAGGUGGACGAAUUUCUGAAAAAGGCAAAAGAAUUUCACUUCAUGUGAAAAAUGUUAACGACUUAAAUCGUGAUGUAAUCAAGUCUGAUACUGCAAGUGUAAAAAUUCCUGAACUUGAAUUGGAAUUGGCAAGUGGCACCCUUGGGGGUUUGGUUUCAACUGUUGAAGGUUUGAUUACAAAAAUUAACGAAAGCCUUCAGAGGGUCCAUGGAUUUACUUUCGGUGAUAGUUUGGAUGAAAAUAGAAAAAGCAAGUGGCUAGAUUUUAAAGAAAAGCUAGACAAGCUUCUUAGCUUGGAAAAACCUUGGACUUUAAUUCUUGAUGAUGCAUUAGCCAAUUCCUUUAUAGCACCUGCAACUGAUGAUUUAAAAGACGACAAUCAAUUAACGUUUGAGGAGUAUGAGAGGUCAUGGGAGCAAAAUGAAGAAUUAGGCUUGAAUGAUAUGGAUACUUCUGCUGCCGAUGUUGCUUACGAAUCAGCAAAUAAUACUAAAGUUGAAUGAACACUGUAAACCGCCUCCUCUCCUCUCAUCCUGGUGGCUGCCGGAACCACCCUAAUUAAUUGAAGAGAAGAUGGAAGAAUUGUUGUGCCAGAUGAAGGAAACCAAAAAAGGAAGAAAAAUUGGUUCUUUGAUCCUCAUGUACUAGCGCUUUAUUAUUAUUAUUAUUAUUAUUAUUAUUUUAAAAUGCAUGCAAUCUUGCUGUUUUUCAUACUUUUGAUAUGUUUUAUGAGAGAUGUAAUCUUUAUAUAAAUUUGGUAAGCAUUUCUGGUGUUUGUUUUAAGAGUUUAAUUUUGAUGCAGUGACAGUGUAAAAUAUUUUAGGGUCAUGUAAUUAAAUCUAGUUUUUUGGAUGAUUAUUCAAUGUAAAAAGUUUUUUUUUGUUGA